AAAUUUGAGAUAUAUCUCUCAUCCGAUCCACAACAAUCAAGAAAAUAAUUAAGAGUCGUUUUCUUUUCGAAGAUAUAACGUUAUUACUAUAAAUAUCCCCGUUUAGAUGAUUCUCUGGGCAGGAGCAAGAAAAUCUUUAAUUCUUUAAAUGGGUUGCCAUGAUAUCAUGAUUGCUUUUGCAUUUUUUAUAACAUAUUUUCUUUGCAGAAUGCUUCACAGAUGCGAAGGCAAUAUGCUGUCUGGAGAUUACAUCACUGGAAAUAAAACCCUGAUUUCUGCAACUGGUACAUUUGCAUUAGGGUUCUUCAGCCCGGAGAAUUCCAGUAAGAGCUACGUGGGUAUCUGGUAUCAUGAUUUAGGCCCCACAAAAACAGUUGUUUGGGUUGCCAACAGAGACUCCCCACAGGAUUCUCCAGGCAAAUUCACGCUCAGAGAUAGCAACUUAUUGGUUUUAGAUAGUACAGGGAAGAUUGUCUGGUCAACAAAUAUUACAUCGCAGCAUUCCGUAAACACAACAGUUGGAUUGUUGAGAGACGACGGAAAUCUUCUUCUCCUACAUGACGAAGAAACCGUGUGGGAAAGCUUUAACACUUCUUCUGAUGCAGCAUUACCAGGAAAGAUACUCAGUGUUAACAAGAAAACCAACAAAGAAGUUGUUCUGUCAUCUUGGUCAAACAAACAAGAUCCAAGACCAGGAAUAUUUACUUUCGGAAUCGACCCACAAGGGUUUACUCAGUUCCUCACCUGGAAGAACUCUAAACGAUACUGGAGAAGUAAUGUGUACGGUUUGAGUGAAACAGAAUCCACAUAUGGUGUGUGGAAGAAUAUGGACAACUUCCUCCUUACUUUAAACUUUCUUGGUGAUGAACAUUAUAUGAAAUUCGAACUUAUUUCACCAGGACACGUAGAUAAAGCCAGUAUAUUUUUAACAUCAGAUGGACAAAUCCAUCUUCUCUUUUGGCUCGGUAAUGUAUGGGCAUCUAUUUGGAGUGCACCAUCUCAUAUGUGUGACUUCUACGGAUAUUGUGGACCAUCUGGUGUGUGUGACUCGAUGAGUGAAUCCUCUUCAUGGCAGGUCUGUAAGUGUCUGCCUGGUUAUAAGCCUAGAAAUAAACAAGAAUGGGAUAAAGGAGAGUGGUCUGGUGGGUGCAUGGUGGAAAGAGAUUUAGACUGCAACAACAGAGAUGGGUUUUUGAAGGUGAAGAAGAUGAAACUUCCCGAUCUACCAAUAAUGUUAGGGAUGAUGAAUGUGAGUACAUGCCAGUCCUGGUGUUUGCAGAACUGCUCUUGUUCGGCAUAUGGUUACUUCGAUAUGCCGAACAAUAAAGUUAGGGAUGAUGAUGUGGAAGGAAGAGAUGAUAUAAUUACAUGUUUGAAUUGGCAUGGAAAUUUGCUAGAUCUUGUAGAACUGUUCUCUGGAGAUGAAAAGGGUAGAGAUCUCUAUGUUCGAAUUCCAGGCUCCAAAUCUGGUAUAUUUAAUUUCCUGUGUUUUGGUUAUAUGUCGCCUGAAUACGGUUUAUAUGGAAAAUUCUCGGAGAAGUCGGAUGUUUUUAGUUUUGGAGUAUUGUUGAUAGAAAUUAUGAGUGGAAAGAGAAACAUUAAUUUUCAUUGUGAAAAUCUCUCUCAAAUUCUUCAAAUAUGGGCAUGGAAUGAGUGGAAAAAUGGUAAAACAUUGGAGAUAAUAGAUUCAUCAAUACGUGAUACAUGUCCUGUUCAACAAGCUGAAAGAUAUAUCCAUAUUGGAUUAUUGUGCGUUCAAGAAGCACCAAUUGAUCGACCAACUAUGUCUUCGGUAAUUGUGAUGUUAGGAAAUAAGACUAUACCACUUCCAUCUCCUAAAGAACCUGCCUUUUGGAUGAACAAUGGUAAUACAAGUCUUCAUCAAUCUCUCCAUUCUCUUUCCUACAAUGAGAUGACAAUAACUUGGUCAGAAGUUCGAUAGUGAACAAAUGUAAAAUAAUUUACUUUUAAAUUAUAGUAGUAGUAAGAUAAAAGAUUAUUAUAAUAUUAGUUUUUGUAAUUUAAUAGAAUUUUGCAUGAUAUAUAAAUGACAAAAACUGUAUGUAUAUGUAUAUU